AUGUGCUGCCGCCACAUCUACACCUGUGGAGGGCAGCGCAAUGAGCAGUUUUCAUGUGCUGCGCCACAUCCAUCCUGUGGAGGGUCAGCGCCAAGAGCUAGUAUUUCAUGUGCUGCGCCACAUCCCUCCUGUGGAGGGCAGCCAAGAGCUAGUUUUCAUGGCAUCGCCACAUCUAGUCCUGUGGAGCGGCAGCGCAAGAGUCUAGUUUCAUGUUGCAUUGAGCGCCCAUCUAGUCCUGUGGAGGCGGCAGCGAAAAGAGCUAUUUCAUGUGCUCGCCACAUCUAUCCUGUGGAGUCAGCGAAAGAGCAAGUGGCGUUCGGUAACAACCCCCUGACUGGUCUCAUUAUUCUUGUGGGCCUCUUCGUGGGUAAUGUUUCGAGCGGUCUGGGCGCCGUCGUCUGCUCCCUCACCGCUAUCUUCGUCGCUAAGAUACUCAACUGGAGUGACGAAAUGGUCGCAGCUGGUCACAGUAACUUCAACGCUGUGCUGGUGGGCAGUGUUGGCACUGCUGUCUUCCCACUAGUGUUCCACACGCCACUGACACCUGCUAUCUGGGGCUACAUCAUAGUAGCAGCAGUGUUCAGCGUGUGUGUGAUGGGCGCCCUGGCCAAAAUCCUGGGUGGACACAACAUCCCGGCCUUCACACUGCCCUUCAACAUCGCCAUCUCCACCACCUUCAUGUGCAUCAGAGCUGCUGGCUACGGAGAAGAACCUCCAGCAUCAGCAAACAUCACUACCACCACCUCUCUUCAGUGGGACCAGGUGUUUAUGGGCACGUUGCUCUCUGGUGGACACGUGUGGGCUGUGGAGGACGUAGCUUGUUCCUGCCUCGUCUACCUGGGCCUCUUUAUCUACUCUCCCAUCCUUACCCUCGUCAGCUAUAUGGGUGCCACUCUCGGUACACUGACAGGUCUGCUGGUGUCGUCUGCGCCGUACACGUUGGUCUACCAUGGCAUCUGGGGCUACAAUGGUUUUCUGUCAGCGGGCUCCAUCGCCUUUUUCAUGGCUCCUACACCCAGAGUGAUUCUCGUUGCUGCUAUCAACGCUGUGUUCGCCACCUUCCUGCAGUCAGCUCUCGGACCAGUCUAUGCUGCUAACAAACUUCCAGUGUUCACCUUCCCGUUCUGCCUGGCCGCGGUGCUCUUCCUGGCCACGGCCAUGGCCACCGGACCAUCCUCUCUUAGAGUCUCCUCUCUCUCCUUCCCAGAACUCCAUCUCGUUGAAUACAAUCAGCUGAAGAACUCGCAAAUCGCGCCCCCCUAAGGAGAAGCCGGAUGAGGAAGAUGGUAUCACACAACCCAUGGUCUAACUCACUGGGAACCUCCAUGGAGGCCUUAGGACUUCAUCAAGACCUGACGACCCCCCUUCCCCUCUUCCCUGUGAAGACUUAAGUGUUUCUUCAAGACCUGAGGACCCCUUGAAGAUCUCAGUGCUUCUCUAAGAACUGAGACGGCCCUCUGAUUUUUGAGAACGACUAGAAGGCCUCAUAAUGACGAAUACCUCAAUGUUGUAUCGUGAAGUCCUAGAAAACUUUAUAUAUAUAUAUAUAU